UUGGGAGAGGACGGUGGGACCGGUAGCUGCGCUUCAGACCUGAGUUCCUCAGUUUAUCCAGAAGCGCCGCUGGGUGCGGGCGCUUCUGCUCUUCUGCAUGUUUUCAGUAAGGUGUAUCGCCUUCAGAAGUUACUGUGCAGGUUUAUUUUCGUUUGAUCCUGGUUUCCACCCGUGUCUCUUAAUGGUACUGUCAAGUCAUAAGUCCUCCCAAUGGAGAUAAAAGCACCUGUCAGAAGAUACGAAACAAGAAAUAAGGCAGCAGGAACAGAGCUGUCGUCCAAAUCCCGGGUCGACUGGAGGCGUACUAAAAGGGAACUCAUACUAUUUGACAGCAGUGACGAAUCCUCAGCUACCUCUGAGGAGGAGGAACCUACCACAUCAGAAAGUGAAAUAGAUGAAAAGGAUGAAACUUUCAUUAAGAGCAGUCUUUCAGAUCGGGAAGAAAAAGGCCACAAUGCAGAAGGAACAGAUGAUGGGGAGGAUGAGUGCAUUGUGCCUGGGAAGCGUAAGAGGUCGAACACCUCUGUCUUGUAUGACAGUGACGAAAGUCAGGACAGUGACAUACUGGUUAGAAAAGUUUUUGCUAAGCGCCGCUGUAUAAUGGAUGAGGAUGACAGUUCCGAAGAACAGCAACCUGAUAAAACGUGCCCUACAGAGAAUGUUUCUACUAGUAGGAAACAGAAAGUGUUUGCAAAACUGAAAGAACUUGCAAGAAAAAGUGCAGCUCGGAGAUCUUGCAGCAGUGCAAAUUGGGAGGAUUCUAAUAGUGAAGCAGAAAUAGAAGAGGAACCGCUUUGUCACUUGCCCCUCACACCAACAGAAGGCAGUGAAACUGACAGUGGCAGCAUGGAAGAUUUUAUAGUAGAGGAAGAUGAAGAUGAUGAUAACGAUGAUGACAACAACAUAGAGCACGUAAAGAGUGAAAAUCAGCCACAACAAAAGCAACUAAAUACAUCAAAUAGCGAGUUGCUGUCAUACUACAUCCCACAGUUACCUCGCUGUGAUCAUUAUGUACACUUCAAAAGAAUAGUAAAGGCUUUCCUCAUAAAUGCAAUUGAUGACACUUUUCUGAGCUCAUUAUAUGAUGGAACAAGACAGAAGAAGUAUGCACAAGACAUGUUGCUCUCACUUCAUUAUUUGGACGACCGCUUCAUUCAGCCUCGGCUUGAGAACUUAAUCGCUAGAAGUCGCUGGAAAGAUCGAUACAAGGAGCGCGUGGAUUGUUACCCAGAUGUUCGCAUAAUCCUGAAAAAUCCAAAAACUAUGUCUUGUCAGGCCUGUGAAUUGAAGCGGUAUUGUAAGUUUAAAGUGUUGCUCUCUGGACAGCUUUAUAAUAGUAAGACUUUGGAAGUGGAUGACUUCAUGUCAAAUGACAAGCAGGUUCUGAAGGUUGGCUUGGUGUGUGCAAAUCGUACAAGAAUUUAUCACAAUUUGAAGCACUUCAAGUACAAGCUGUAUGUGGAUUGCAGCUCUGUUGCCGAAUUGGAUGGUGUUGAGGAUGAACCAGUCAAAGACACUGUAGAACGGCUUUUCAGCCACUUGGAAGAGAGUGGGUGGAUUCAGAAGAGAUACGAUGAUCUUGAAGAUUGCAUGGAUGAUGCAGACAGUUUUCAAGAAGAGAAAAUUGAUUAAGUGAUCAUAUAGCUCUUUGAAAGACAUCUUAUAAAAAUUUGAAUGGCCUGCUUUAUCUGCAUGCACUUUAUCUCUGCUUUGACUUCAAGAUUCUAUUUAGGCUACACCGAAAUUCAUAUAUGCCUUUAAACUGC